AUGCACGAGGAUCUCGCAGACGCCGGUGUGCUGUCAGAGUUUGAUGAGAGCCUGGGAAAGGCAAUUUUCGUGUCGCACCAGUGGCUGAGUGACACCCAUCCUGAUCCAGACUUCCAGCAGCUGAAAGUUCUGCAAGAUGCACUGAAAAACAUCGUUGCCGGAACCAGCUCAAUUUCUCAAGCUUUGUUCUCAGAAAUCGUGUAUGGUCGAAGAAGAGGCCCUGCACCCGGCGACUUCGCACCCGGCCAUCUCCACAUUUGGUAUGACUACUUUAGCAUCCCACAAAGCCGCGGUGGCCGCGCAUCUCAGGCCCGUCAGACAGCCAUUCAAAGCAUCCCAACAUAUGUGGCAAGAUGCGAGUUCUUUGUUGUGCUAUGCCCGGCUUUGAAGCACAGAGAUCAGAAGCGGACUUUGAGCCAUGCCACUUGGGGCGAAAGGGGGUGGUGUCGCACAGAAAGAGCUGCACGGGAACUCUCCAAUCGCAAAGGUGGCUACGUCAUUAUUGUAGAGAGCGCCACGCACCAGUCGCUGCUGUGGGCAGGACUAAGCAUGAGGCAUGCACCCGGUGAAGGAGACUUUACGCUUGAUGGUGACCGAGUGUGGAUCGGUCGUAUGGUUACUCAAAUGGUUUGGUCCAAGCUUUUCUAUUACCUCGAGCAUCGACAGUUUCACAACUACCGAUUCCUUCUGAACGCACAAGGGGCGCAGUAUUUCCGUGCUCUUGAUGUGGAGCCUAUUGACGGCCUUGUUCCGGGGUUCGACACUGAGAUCGACCCGAGUGUUGACUACAAGGGCUUCAUGCUGGAGCAUUUCCUGCAUCAGAACGGUCUCAGGAACAUGUUCGAGCGGGACGCUGCAGGGUGGCCGCCCAUUUGCUUUGCAGCGAUGAGCAAUAACGUCGUGGUGCUGCAAGCGCUUCUUGACCGAAAGGUGGAUAUCAACCAGGCUACGACCAAGCCCAAAGCAGAGGCGAGUUUCCCUGGCAAAGUGACGCCUCUGGGAGUGGCUUGCUUUUUUCGCAACAAUGAAGCCGUUGAGCUGCUCCUCCGCGCAAGAGCUCACGUGAACUACAAGGAUGCUUGGGGAGGCGGUGCUCUUCAUCCGGCAUGUGCAGGGGACAAUCCGCUAGGAGUACGUCUACUAUGCCAUGCUCGUGCCAACGUGAAUCAGCAGGCCAUGCCAGGAAUGAGCCCUUUCAUGCUAUCCUGUGUAUGCGGAAGUCGGCGUGCCAUGAAGGAGAUGCUCACUCUGAAUCCAGAUGUGAGUUUGCGACAUUGCCUACACGUCACACUCAUGUUCGCUUCAUGCGGUUCUGCCGACUUGGUUUCCGUUUUGCUCCAGGCUCGGGCGAAUGUGAAUGAGCAGUUCCGAGUACAGAUCCAGGAGCCCGGGUGGUGGCUUCUAAUGAACGCCAUGGGUGUGAAGCAUCGGGUAAGCCCUUCCAGACUAACUCUGCUGGCUUAUCAUCAUUACGAUGCUACGCCGCUGAUGUUCAGCAUUCUGAGUGGUUCUCUGGAUUCUGUGUCCUCCCUGCUGUCAGCCCGAGCUCGACUAGACAUCCGAAAUUACCGCAAGCAAACGGCAUGCGAGCUGGCACGCAAGAUGCUCGCGCCAUCGUGGUUGAUCGAGGCCUGCUCUACUACAGGCCAGCAAGACGCCGAGAUUCUUGCCGAGGGUGACACGUAUGUUCUGACGCUGGCUGGGUUGGUGCUGCUGUUAGCCAGGACUAUGUGGGACAUCAUCAAGUACGACUACAUCGGUUACAGGUUCUUGAAUACCGAGAAAGUCGACGGGAAGAUCAGUACCAUCUGUGAGGGCUUUCUGAAGUCCAGUGCUGACAGCGCAGCGUGCCAGAGCCUGAGGGACGAGCUGAAGAUUCCUCCGUGGCUGCAUGCUGGCUCCUUGCUGGCCCCUGUCUUUGGCAUCCUGGGCUUCGUGGUCCUCGCAAAGCUCCUUUGGAGUUUUGUCGAGCUGAAUCGCACCGUGGCGCAGGGCACCAAUCAGGACGUCCGGCUGGAGGCCAUGGAGGCAGACGCCACUCCCUGGAAGUUGGCUCCGCGAUUGGAGUGGGUUAUCAUCAUCCUUGGCACCCCUCUGAUUUUCAUUGUGAUGUCCAUGCGGUCUUUGAUCCGCAUCUGGACGGUGAUGACAGGCAGUGCCUACCACCCCGGUGCAGACUGGGACGAGGUGGUUCGAUUGGAACUGGCGACAUAUCAGAUGGACUUGGAGCUGAGUGUUGCUUUCCAGUUCUACGCCUGCCUCAUGUUCGGCCUCCUUUGUACCAGCUUUCUUCGCCACUCCGAGAUGGUCGUCGCACGAUCCGACGGCUCCCAGCAUGGCUCCAUCGAGGAGUACAUGAGACCAGUGGCCUAUGCCUCCGUGCAAGGCGUUUAUGCCUUUGUCUUCAUUGGGGUGCUGCGAACUGUUUUUGACAUCACGGUGACCUACUUGUCUGAAAUGCCGGAGUACCACGAGAAGGCAGAGCUGAUUCAGAAUCAGGUGCUCAGCAAGGUGGCCACCAUUUUCA